GCUCCAAAGAGCACUGUGUCAAACUAAAUGAUGGCCACUUCAUUCCUGCCCUGGGCUUUGGCACCUAUAAACCUAAGGAGGUUAGCCAUCAGCAUCUCGUAUUGAAUGUUUACCGGAACUAAGUGAGAUCUCUCAUGUAUAACUCUCACCUGUGGAAAACUUACUGGAAUUUUAUAGUGCAUCAAUAUGAUGGGGAGAAGGAGGACCUAGUAAAGAUACAUGUGAAUUACUGGUAUUCAUUAGUGUUCCCAAGAGUAUGUCACUGGAGGCUGCAUACCUAGCUCUAGAUGUUGGGUACCGCCAUAUUGAUACUGCUUAUGCAUACCAAAUAGAAGAGGAGAUAGGACAGGCCAUUCAAAGCAAGAUUAAAGCUGGAGUUGUAAAGCGAGAAGACCUGUUCAUCACUACGAAGCUUUGGUGCACUUGCUUUCGACCAGACCUGGUCAAGCCUGCUUUGGAAAAAUCACUGAAAAACCUUCAACUGGAUUAUGUUGAUCUUUACAUUAUGCAUUACCCAGUGCCAAUGAAGUCAGGGGAUAAUAAUUUUCCAGUAAAUGAGCAAGGGAAAUCUCUUUUGGAUACUGUGGAUUUCUGUGACACAUGGGAGAUGUUGGAGAAGUGUAAGGAUGCAGGAUUGGUCAAGUCCAUUGGAGUGUCCAACUUUAACCACAGGCAGCUGGAGCGACUCCUAAACAAGCCAGGACUGAAGUACAAACCUGUCUGCAACCAGGUUGAAUGUCAUCUUUAUAUGAACCAGAGUAAGCUACUGGAUUACUGCAAGUCAAAAGACAUUGUUCUAGUUGCUUAUGGUGCUCUGGGAACCCAGCGAUAUAAAGAAUGGGUGGACCAGAACUCUCCAGUUCUCUUGAAUGAUCCAGUUCUUUGUGACGUGGCCAAAAAGAACAAGCGAAGUCCUGCCUUAAUUGCACUUCGAUACCUGGUUCAGCGUGGGGUUGUGCCCUUGGCCCAGAGUUUCAAAGAGAAUGAGAUGAGAGAGAACUUGCAGGUUUUUGGAUUUCAGUUGUCCCCUGAGGACAUGAAAACACUAGAUGGCCUGAACAAAAAUUUUCGAUACCUUCCAGCAGAGUUCCUUGUUGACCACCCAGAGUAUCCAUUUUUGGAGGAAUAUUAACAUGGGGAACCUAAUCAUGACUUCUUCCUGAUGUCCCUGUGUGUUGACAGUGAUGCUGGUGAUAUGACCUAGAUGCUGUUCGAUGGACAUGUCCUUUCUGAUCAAUCUGGGUUGCUUAGCAACUCACAUUCAGCUGAAGCUUUAAUUAGUGAUCUCAAAGAAAAGGAAUAUAAUUUUGAUGAUGCUUUGAAAUAAAUAUGAAUUUUUCUCUUCAAAAGA